ACAGCAUGCAAGUAGAGCUCCCAGACCUCUCCACCUGGAGAGAAAAAGCAGAUUCAGGCUCAAUUCUUCUGCAGCCAAUAUGGGACUUUGUCACCUCUAAAGAACAUGUGAUUAGAUCGCCUUUCUAUCCAGUUAUCUUCUCCUUCUCUGUCUACAUGUUCUUCUGCCUUCCUUACCUAGCACUGGAUGCCCUCUGUCACAAAAUACCUGCUCUGAAGAAAUAUCAAGUACAGCCAAAGUCCAGACCUACCUUGGCUAUGGUGCUACACUGCUUGGCACACACCGUUUACAGCCACUUGGUAUUCAUAUUUCCACUGACUGUUGCUUACUGGUACUGGAGACCAGUCGAUUUACCACUUGUGGCACCAAAACUGCAUCGAUUUAUACUGGACAUCAUUGCCUGUAUGCUUCUGUUUGACUUCCAGUAUUUUGCUUGGCACCUGCUGCACCACAAGAUUCCCUGGCUGUAUAAAAACUUUCACAAGAUGCAUCACAAGUACACCGCUACCUUUGUGCUGGCGACACAGUAUUCCAGUUCCUGGGAGAUGUUGUCUCUUGGAUUCUUUGCUAACGUCAGUCCCAUCUUGCUGGGUUGUCACCCAAUGACUGAAAUGGCCGUCUUCAUCGUCCAUAUCUACCUGUCGGUGGAAGAUCAUUGUGGCUAUGACUUGCCAUGGUCUAUGCACAACUUAGUACCAUUCGGCUUAUGUGGCGGACCAAAUCAUCACGAUCUCCAUCAUGAAAAGUUUGUGUCUAAUUAUGCACCUUACUUCACUCAUUGGGACAAGUUGUUUAAUACUAUAGCACAGAAGAAAGAUCAGAAGAAACCUUAAGAACCAAGCAAUGGACUGAAUGAAUGGUCAGAACUUGACCUUGAUUUGCAUUUCAGGAGCAAGUGGGUAGAUGCACCAUGUGCUACAUCUGUGACUGUGUCUUCAAGGUUGAAUAGUCAGUAAGUGGUACUGAAACAGUGCCUUGUACAGUCUACCUGCUCCUUGUCCAUCAAGGCUGAAUGGUCCAAACCUGUUCCUUGCACCAUCUACCUGCUCCUUGUCCAUCAAGGCUGAAUGGUCGAAACCUGUGCCUUGCACCAUCUACCUGCUCCUUGUCCAUCAAGGCUGAAUGGUCCAAACCUGUU